AUGUUCUUCUCUUGCAGGCAGCAGCCCAACUUGUCAGGACUGGGGAUGGGGUUUUUUUUGGGGGGGGGGGAGUUGCCUGUGGGUGUCAAGGGCUUCUGUGCACAUAGUGGAAGGACUCGGCGCUUGAUCUCCAGCCUGCUAUUGAACACCCUUUGGUCACAUGCUCGCAAGUGGGGGUCAGACCGUCUUUCUGAACCCGGGGUUGCCCCCCACCCAGUCCGGACGCUUCUACUUUUUCACCUCGACCGCCCGUCCCGUGGAAGAAGGGUGUCUUCGCAACCGGCUCUGAAUAGCAAGCUUGGUAGUCCAAUCUCAGACACGCACCAGGCAUUCAAAGCGCAUUCUGCCCACGUUUUAAAGCUCCCCCCUCCAAAAGACCCAUGGGAACUGUAG